AGUCUCCCCCUCUUCACAUGCUUCCGAGGCCAUUCUUCUAUAUAGAAUUGUCUCGAGAAGUGAUUGGAUACAGUCUCACGCACUUCCGUCUCCCUCACCUCCUCUCUCUGCUCUUUCUCCUCCUCUGUUUCUCUGUUUGGGAUCAUUAAAGGUGACGCCUUGGGCGGUAGUUUGGCCGGAGAAGCCGCUAAAGGUGACGUGUGAGGGAUGGCGGGAGCCACCAACCCUUAUUCCGGCGUGUGGAAGCUAUACCAGCCUUUUUGGAAGCGGACGAAUCUGCUGCGCCUUGGCGUCGUGGCCAUCCUCUGCUCCGCCUCCUAUUACCUGGGGAUUUGGCAGCACGGGAGCGGCGCCACCUCCGUCACCUCCACCGUCGUCACGGCCGUCUCCUGCGACCGGAACCCGGCCGCCUCCCCCAUCACCGGCCGCGCCGCGGCGCUCGACUUCGCCGUCCACCACGGGGCGGACCAGGCGGCGGCUGGGGCGCCGUCGGUCCGGGAGUUUCCGGCGUGCGACAUCAAGUACUCGGAGUACACGCCGUGCGAGGACCGGGACCGGUCGCUGCGGUUCGACCGGGACCGGCUCAUCUACCGGGAGCGGCACUGCCCUACGAAAGGGGAGCUCCUCAAGUGCCUAAUCCCGGCCCCGCCGGGGUACAGGAACCCGUUCCCGUGGCCGGCGAGCCGGGAGACGGCGUGGUUCGCCAAUGUUCCGCACAAGGAGCUCACGGUGGAGAAGGCGGUUCAGAAUUGGAUCCAUGUCGACGGGGACAAGUUCCGGUUCCCCGGCGGCGGGACCAUGUUCCCGAACGGCGCCGAUGCGUACAUCGACGACAUCGACCGGCUUAUUUCUCUAAGUGACGGGUCGAUCCGGACCGCCGUCGACACCGGCUGCGGGGUGGCGAGCUGGGGGGCGUACCUCCUCUCCCGCAACGUGCUAACGAUGUCGUUCGCGCCGAGGGACUCCCACGAGGCACAAGUCCAAUUCGCCCUCGAGCGCGGCGUCCCGGCCAUGAUCGGCGUGCUCGCCUCGAUCCGCCUCCCCUACCCGUCGAGGGCCUUCGACAUGGCCCAUUGCUCAAGGUGCCUCAUCCCCUGGCAUCUCUACGAUGGGCAGUACCUGAUCGAGGUCGAUCGUAUUCUGAGGCCUGGCGGCUACUGGAUCCUCUCUGGUCCGCCGGUUAACUGGAAGAAGCAUUGGAAGGGGUGGGACAGAACACGGGAGGACUUGAACCAUGAGCAAUCAGCCAUUGAAGCUGUUGCCAGGAGCCUGUGCUGGAACAAACUCAAGGAGAAAGGAGACAUCGCGAUCUGGCAGAAGCCUAUCAAUCAUAUCGGCUGCAAAGCUAAUCGCAAGACGGUUAGAUCACCCCAGUUCUGCCAAUCACAGAAUCCUGAUACAGCUUGGUACACGAAGACGGAGAGUUGCAUAACCCCCCUGCCCGAGGUGGUCAGAGUCGAAGAGAUCUCCGGCGGAGAACUGAAGAAGUGGCCUGAAAGACUGACGGCGGUGCCGCCCAGGAUCGCGCGUGGAAGCAUCGAUGGAGCUACACCUGAGGUGUUCCUGCAAGAUACAGAGCUGUGGAAGAACAGGGUUGGGUACUACAAGACGGUGAUCAACCAACUGGGGCAGAAGGGGAGGUACCGCAACCUGCUCGACAUGAACGCCAAGUUUGGUGGCUUUGCUGCUGCGCUGAUCGAUGACCCCCUUUGGGUGAUGAACAUUGUGCCAACAGCAGCUGAUGUUAACACUCUCGGAGUCAUCUACGAGCGUGGAUUGAUUGGAACCUAUCAGGACUGGUGUGAGGCAAUGUCUACAUAUCCGAGGACGUAUGAUCUCCUUCAUGCUGAUUCAGUGUUCACUCUUUACAAGGACAGAUGUGAGAUGGAGGACAUUUUGUUGGAGAUGGAUAGGAUCCUGAGACCCGAAGGCACGGUGAUCAUUAGAGAUGAUGUGGAUGCCUUGGUCAAGAUCAAGAGCAUUGCAGAUGGAAUGAGAUGGAACAGUCGAAUCAUGGAUCACGAAGACGGCCCUCUCCAGAGGGAGAAGCUCCUUCUGGUGGUGAAGACAUACUGGACAGCUCCUGGACCAAACCAAGAGUAGGCUGCAUAGCAGAGGACUAUUAAGAUCUUAUUCUCUUGAUUUCACUACUUUUUUUUGUUGUUGUUGUAGUUUGUUGUUGUAAUUCAUUCGAUCCGAGCUGCCUCGAUUCUCUUGGCACUUUGAAUAGACAUGAUUAUUAUGAUGCAAGAAGGGGGGUUGUAUAAGAAAUUUGUAAUGUGAACCCUUACUGUUUUCUCAUGUUGGUCCUUCA